GGAGGGAACCCCCACUCAUCUUCUACUUUGAGGGCUUCUCUUGCAUGAAGGUAUAAAGGAAAAAUUGUCUUUCCUCCCACAAACUGAAGAACACAUAUGUAAAUCCUUGCUUUUCCUGGUGAGGCAGGGGAGGCCAUAGCCACAAUGCUUAACUGCAUGCAUCCACCAUGGGGCUGGUUUUAACCCAGAGCUCUGACCUAAACUGCUCAGCUCCCGGAAAUUCCAAGGAACCCUGUGGCCUUAGUCCUUCAGGUGGAACAGCGUGCGACAUGGGAAAGAAAACCAAGAGGACAGCUGACAGUUCUUCUUCAGAGGAUGAGGAGGAAUAUGUCGUGGAAAAGGUGUUAGACAGGCGUGUGGUUAAAGGGCAAGUGGAAUAUCUGUUGAAGUGGAAAGGCUUUUCUGAGGAGCACAAUACCUGGGAACCGGAGAAAAACUUGGAUUGUCCUGAGCUAAUUUCUGAGUUUAUGAAAAAGUAUAAGAAGAUGAAAGAGAAUGAAAAUAACAAACCCAGAGAGAAGUCAGAAGGUAACAAGAGGAAAUCCAAUUUCUCAAACAGUGCUGAUGAUAUCAAAUCCAAAAAAAAGAGAGAGAGUAAUGAUAUUGCCCGGGGCUUUGAGAGAGGACUGGAGCCAGAGAAGAUCAUUGGUGCGACAGAUUCCUGUGGUGAUUUAAUGUUCCUAAUGAAAUGGAAAGACACAGAUGAAGCAGACCUGGUUCUCGCAAAAGAAGCAAAUGUGAAAUGUCCACAGAUUGUGAUAGCAUUUUAUGAAGAGAGACUGACGUGGCAUGCCUAUCCUGAGGAUGCAGAAAACAAAGAGAAAGAGUCUGCGAAGAGUUAAAGCUUUGUAUAUAACACACUCACUUUCCUGCCCCUCUAUCCUCAACGCAUCCAUAAAACACCGUGCUUAUCACUGUGCUCCACAGGAGACAUGUUGGUGUUGGUUCUCUUGUAACAUAAUGAUGGUCUGAUUCAUAUGUGUAGCUCUGUGAAGACCAGGCAUUUACAUAUCAUGUGUAAUUCCCAGUUUUUUCCUUUGCCCUCACCUUUUCCUUCUGCUCCCUGCGACCUCAAGAUCAAUUUUAACUUUUAAUCAUUUUAGAGUCUUGAUCUUUUAGGGUUGGUUGCUUUUUAGGUUGGGGGAUUUUAUUACAAUGGUUACAAAUUUUGUUUUCUUGAUUUGAUUAUUAGAACAUAUUGGUGACCAGCUGGCCAUUGUUUUGAUGUAUCGGGUGAAAAGGAGGUUGCCCGUCUUUUACAAAGCCAGUAGCAAUGGCCUAACUUGAGCCUUUCCCAACCUCAUAAUAGCUCUACCCAAGAGAAUACAGGGUCUCUGGUGUGGUCUUCUGGACCACCCUUGCUUAUUCUCACCUAUCUUCCCUGAGUAACUCCAUCCUUUUGAAGACUUGGAACUCUACAUUGAAAUUUGUCAAGACACUCCAUUUAGCCCUAGGACUUUUGGCGUUAUUAGCAAUCCCUGAUUCUGCGUUUGUAAGUUGUCAUAACAAUGGGAUUGUUAAGUGUGGAGAGUCUAAGCUGUAGUGUGGGGUGAGGGAGUGCAGCAGGGUACAGCUGUCUUAGUUGUCACUUGUGGUUUGUAUGUAUUUGUUUCCUCCCAUCCCUCAUAUUUAGACUAUAUUUAUGUAGGUGUGAGUGAUGGCCUGGUGCUUGUUUGUGCCAAGGUGCUAGGCACCCUCCAACUUUGCCAACUUUUAUGGCCUCCCAAAGCAUUCUUGUUACCAAAGAGGCUUCAGACUCGACUCAGUCUCACUGGACCCUGCUUCCUCUCCGUGCUGCCAUGGUCAGUGGGACAUUCUUGGAGGGAAGAAUUCCACUGGUUGCAGUAUGAAGUUUCGUAUUCGUGGCAGUAGUACUUCAAAGCUUCCUACUUUUGUGGCUCAUAUUUGCCACCAAGAGUCCCUGAAGGAUUAAUGCACUUCCUUUUUUCCAUCCCAGACUUGUAGUGUUAUCUAAUUUUUAAAAACCACAUUUUCAUGUAAGACUGCCACCUCAGAAAGUGACAGGCCCUGGUAUUAGCAUAUUGACAGCAAUCUUCUCUUCCCUACCCAACAGACUCCUUCCCAUUUGGUCUUCUCUUGCUGUGCUAUUAUAUUUCAAGGUUUUUCUGACCACAGUGUCUGAUUUUGCUCCCCAUGAAAUGCCCAAUUUUACUUAUUCUUUUUUUGUAGUAAAGGGGGCUACAGAAUCAAGACUAAAAAUAAAGUAAUAGUUGAUUUUUUUGAGUAUUCUUGUCCCGGCCCUAAAGCUGAGACAAAAAAAAAAAAGAAAAGAAAAGAAAGAGAGAAACAUAACUGCCAGUAGCAUCGAGCAUUUCUGGUUUAUUCAUAGUAA